AUGAACAGGAAGCAACUCAUAAGCCUCAUCAUCCUUCUCUUCCUCGCCGUUUUCAUCAUCCUCCUGUCGUUUUCUCCGCCGGGACAGGAGUACCUCGUGUUGUCAGGCAUGGAGUACGAUGUCCGGGUCAUCAACGGCUUCACUGACAACUCGUCGCUGCCGCUGGUGAUCUGGUGCUCCUCGGAGUACAGUGAUCUCGGUGGGCGUGCCCUGCAGGAGAGAGACGACUUUAGCUGGAGAUUGAAGACUGAUUUCUGGGGAAACCCUAACUUCGUUUGUACUAUGAAGUGGGACCAGAAGAGGAAGAGAUUUGAUGCUUUUAAGGUUCAAAGAGAUGUUCGUCGUUGUGGCCCUCUAAGGAAGUGUUCUUGGUUGGUCACUGAGAAUGGAUUUUUCUUCAGUAGUGAUGAAGUUAACUGGAAAAAAGACUUCUCAUGGCCUUAG